GAGCUUUAUUGUCGUCUGCUACAACAGGGGAAUAGCUCAGUCAUUAGCUUGUUGGAUUGUCGUCUGCUAAUACAAGGGAAUAGUUCAGUCAGUAGCGAGUUGGAUUGUCGUCUGCUAAUACAAGGGAAUAGUUCAGUCAGUAGCGAGUUGGAUUGUCGUCUGCUAGGACAAGGGAAUAGUUUAGUCAGUAGCGAGUUGGAUUGUCGUCUGCUAGGACAGGGGAAUAGUUCAGUCAGUAGUGAGUUGGAUUGA